AUGGACGAAAUCAGGGAAUACUUCAGCUUAAGACUGUUUUUGGCUUUUACAGUGUUUAUUCAACUCAAAAGUUAUGGUGCUGCAGUUGAGGGUGGAGAUAUUCUUUCCUUGGGCGCCUCCAUUACUGGAAAUCAGACAAUAAUUUCAAAGAAUAGCACAUUUGAAUUGGGUUUCUUCAGCCCAAAUGGAUCCAAUAACUGGUAUAUCGGCAUCUGGUAUGCCAAUAUAACAGAGAAGACAAUCGUUUGGAUGGCUAACAGGGAGACUCCCUCGAGAAACAGGUCUGGCAUUUUGAAGCUGUCAAAAAGAGGUCAUCUAGGACUGUUCGAUGCAGAGGGCUCAUCUCUUUGGUCGGUCAAUGUGACUAAGAAGCCUUCCCAUGCUGUGAUAUUAGAUUCUGGCAAUUUUGUAAUGCUCAGUAAUGACUAUAAAUCUGAAACUGUUUGGCAGAGUUUCGACUAUCCUGUUGACACCCAAUUGCCAGGAAUGAGAUUCGGUGGGCAACAAAAGCUAGUCUGUUGGAAAAGUUCAUUGGAUCCUGCUCCUGGGCUUUUCUCCUUUCAGGUGGAUCCAUCUGGGGCCAAACAAUUCUUGCUUACAUGGAAUAGUUCUGUACACUAUUGGGCAACCGGAACUUGGGACGGCAAUGCUUUCAGUCAAACUCCAGAACUAGGAAUGAAAGGCUUAUACAACAUGAGCGUUGAAAAUACCAACGGUGGUUUGUAUGUCACAUAUACUCCGACGGCUAUCAACAAUGCUCUCUCACGUUUCGUCCUAGUUAAGUCUGGAGGAAUUCAACUAUAUUCUCUGUUUAAUGACGGUAAAUGGAUCACGAUCUGGUCUCCACCAAGAGAUCAAUGUGCCGUAUAUGGUUUGUGUGGCGCUUACGGAAUCUGCAACUCCAACAAUCUUCAGUUCUGCAGCUGCGUGGACGGCUUUACUCCUCGAGACAAUUACACCUGGGCUUCGCAAGAGUGGUGGUCCAGUGGCUGUGUUCACGAGAGCCCGUUAAACUGCGGCGCCAAAAACGGGAGCACGGACGGAUUCCUGGAGCCGAGCGUCACGUUGCCUGAUGCUAAUUCCGCUUCCGCAUACCCUGCAACCACAAAGAAAGAUUGUCAGAAAGCAUGCCUCCUUAACUGCUCGUGCACCGCGUUUGCUUUCAAAUCGCCUUCAGGACCCUGCCAAAUCUGGUCAGGGGAUUUGUUAAACAUGCAUCAAACUGAAUCCAAAAGCAAUUCAAAUGUUUUUAUUCGAGUAGCUACCUCUGCACUUCCCAAGACCGAUAAAUCGUCCUCCUCCAAACACAUAACCACAAUUGUUGUUGGUGCUCUCACCCUUGCAUUGGGCAUCUUUUCAAUUUUAAUGUGGUGGAGGCAUCGGCAGAGGCAUCGGCUACGAUCUAUGGGGAGGUGUGCAGAUUACUCAGACCCUUUUCUAAGAAUGCUUAGCUACAUGGAGUUGAAGAUUGCAACCAGGAAUUUCAGGUCUAAGCUGGGGAGCGGAGGAUUCGGCACAGUAUUCAAAGGAUCUCUAACAGAUGGUACGCUUGUGGCCGUAAAGAAAAUGGAGGGUUCAAGACAAAGUGAGAAGCAAUUCCGAGCAGAAAUCAGUGCUCUUGGACACAUACAACAUGCGAAUUUGAUCAGGCUUGUAGGGUUUUGUGCAGAAGGAUCGAGAAGGUUUCUGAUUUAUGAUUACAUGCCCAACGGCUCUCUGAAUUCCUCACUAUUCACAAGUAAUUCCAAACGCAAACAAAAGGUACUCGACUGGAAGACCCGAUUCAAGAUCGCUUUAGGCACCGCAAGAGGAUUGCUUUAUCUCCACGAAGAAUGCAGAGAUUGCAUCAUUCACUGCGAUGUGAAGCCAGAAAAUAUUCUUCUGGACAAUAAUUUUUCACCCAAGUUGGCCGAUUUCGGGUUGGCAAAGCUUUUGGGUAGAGAUUUCAGCCGCGUCCUGACCACAACGAGAGGAACGAGAGGGUAUUUGGCUCCAGAGUGGAUCUCCGGUCUUCCCAUCACUCCCAAGGUUGAUGUAUAUAGUUUUGGUAUGACGCUCUUGGAAAUCAUUUCCGGUCGAAGGAAUAUUGAUUUAAACGUGCAAGAUUCCAGUCAGUAUUCCUUUCCAUCGUGGGCUGCAACACAAAUUUAUAACGGCAAUACAAUUAAUAUUGUGAAGGAGGGUAUUGCAGAGGAGAGAGAUCUUGAGGAGGUGAGAAGAGCAAGUAUUGUAGGGUUGUUAUGCAUUGAAAAGGAUGAGGAGGUGAGGCCAAGCAUGGGGCAAGUGGUGCUAAUGCUGGAAGGGAAGAUACAGCCCCAGAUUCAGCAGAUUCAAAGCUCUGUGCUCAUGGACAAGGACGAAGACCGAAGCGACACUGACAGCGGUAGCGACUGUAAUGUUAUUAGUUAG